GUCCAUCAACGUCAUCCAAAACAGUAUAAAACUUUGUGCUAGCAUUCACAGCUCAAGUCUCUCUAAAUUACCCACCAAAUCUCAUCAACUCUAAAGCCCUUCAGUUAACCAAGCAAGAGAUCAUGGCCCUCAGCCUUUUCGGUGGCCGAAGAAGCAAUGUCUUCGAUCCCUUCUCUCUUGACAUCUGGGACCCAUUUGAGGGCUUCCCUAUGGUCUCGAGCUCUGUCGCUAACGUUCCUUCCUCUGGUGGCCGCGAAACUGCUAUUGUCAACCCUCGGAUCGACUGGAAAGAAAACCCGGAGGCUCACGUUAUCAGGGCCGAUCUUCCGGGGCUGAACAAGGAAGAGGUGAAGUUGGAGAUCGAGGACGGUAGGGUGCUGCAGAUAAGCGGGGAGAAAAACAGAGAGCACGAGGAAAAGAACGACAAGUGGCAUAGGGUUGAGAGGGUGACGGGCAAGUUCUUGAGGAGGUUCAGGUUGCCAGAGAAUGCGAAAAUGGAUCAGGUGAAGGCUACCAUGGAGAAUGGAGUGCUUACCAUUAUCGUUCCCAAAGAGGAGGAGAAGAAGCCCGAGGUCAAGCCUGUUCAGAUAUCGGGCUAAUUAAACUACGAACUUGAUCCUUUCUGGUGCCUCUGGUUCAGUGUGUCAAAUAAAAGACUAGUACGGGAAUCUAGCUGUGUUUUGUUUCUGAAGCAAACGUCGCGUGUAUCGAGUCUUGCCGUAUGUAUCCCGAAGUCUAGUCUGUUUCCUCUCGGUAUUGUAUUGGUUUUUGUUAGUAUAUAAAUAUAUGUCGAUGGUUUCUGCUUGAGCGGCA